AUGAAUGAUUUCAACACCAACACAUCUGACACCUUCUCUGUCGCUUCUGGAACAGAGGCCAACGACAUCCAGCCCGAACUGUUGACGCCGCCCGCGGCUCUCGCCCCGCUGCUGCCUUCUGAGGUGAACAGGCCUCAGAAUAGACCGGAGGGAGCGUUCAAGAUGUGGUUGGUUGAGCACGGGUAUAUGAUUAGCGAAGAGGUUGAUUUCGAAAAUAGCUCGCGCCCGUUCUUCGCGACUCGCUUAUCAGACCGUUCCACCAUGAUGCUCAAACCUGAAACGAACCCUUAUGAACAUAAACGCAACUGGCACGAACAACUCAUCGCUUCCAACUUACAAAACUCUCAGUCCCCGCCCUAUGAAGUCCUUCACCGAUUCGAACGCACAGACAUACCUGAUCAGAUGCUUAAGAACCACUGCGUACCUGUCUUGGACGUGCUCGAAAUACCAAAGAACGGGCUCAGAGCGAUAUAUCCGAAUGGGAUCAAGUGGGAAGGCAAGAGAGUGUGGGUCAUGCCGUGGUUGAAGGACUUUGACUAUGAUGCGAAGUCAAAAGAGGGCGGGAAAGCGUGUGGUGAAGAUUAUGCGAGGUAUUGGCCUUUUGGAAGUGGAGUGGAGGUGGGUGGAUUUGAGACUGUCGGAGAAGCGGUUGCGUUUUUCUGGCAGGUGCUGGAGGGGAUGCAGUACUUGCAUUAUGGACUGCGCAUUGUCCUUCGCCAGAUCAAACCCUCCUCCAUCAUGAUGGGCCACACCGAAUAUCUUCCACUACCAAUUUCCCAAUCCCAGAGGCUCCCAUCCUUUCAGCAACCCUUCAGCAUUCGACCUCAAGCAUCACCUUACUCGGCCGGUCCAGAAACAUACACUCGCACGGAACGUCCUCCCACGUACUUUAUUUGCGACUACAGUCAAGCUCGGGUCACAGAGCCAUGGGGCAUGAAUAGGUGGUAUUCGCUCGACGAGUGGCACGCCUACGGCUGCACGAACAAAGCUUCAGAGCCACCCAGAAUCGCUUCUGAGCCCAACGUCGGGGGCUACGUGGAUGUACACCCGGCGAACGAUCUGUGGUAUCUGGGGAAUCUGUUUGAUACAAAGUUCUUGCAGCGAUACAAAGGUCUCGAGUUCAUGGAGCCUCUAGUACACAAAAUGAUGCGCGCAGGCCCCCGCCCAUCAACCCGCCUGAUCGUCCAGGAAUUCCUGAUGCUCAAGGAUUCUCUCGGCUCCAUCAAGCUUCGCUCGCGUCUCGUCGAGAGGAACGAAUCUUCGGGAUUGAAGGCGAAGAGGAACUUGGUCUGGUUUCUCCGGACCGUGGGAUACGUGAUGAAGAAGAUGGAGGCUGUUCCUAUGCCCAAGUACCAUGGUGCUGCUGAUGGAGCCAACGGAGGUGGGAAUGGGACGGUUAGCGAUGAUCAUGACAGACACGAGUAA